AUGGCUAAGAAAUAUCUAUCGGAUCAGGAGUUGGCAAAGGAGCUGGAGAAUCUGUCCGACGACGAGUCAAGAGAUAUAAUAGAAGACGAAAUUACCGGAUUUUCAGAUGAUUCGCUCGUAGAUAAAGAUUUUAUUCCUGUUGAAAGUGAUCUAUCAUCCGAUAACGAUUCAUCCGGUAAUAAUUCAGAUAAUUCUGCCAUAUUAUUCGCCAUAUCUGAAGACGAAGAUAUAGACGAUAACGUACCUCUAGCGACUUUAAUUACUAAGCAAAAAUGGGAUCACGUUCAAGGAGACCGACUGUCUUUCAGUGAAAGCCCUCAGAAUGUUGGUGUUGUUCCAGCUGUUAGUGCAGACUUUGCAGGAAAAGAACCAACUGAAUUCUUUAACUAUUUUAUCGACGAUGAGAUGAUUAAUCUAUUUGUGACUGAAACCAAUAGGUUUGCUUCACAGCGAAUUGCUGCGGCCAUAGCAGAUCCAAACCGGAAGGCCAAGGUGCCGAAAUGGGUGGAUACCAAUCCCGUGGAAAUGCGAAAAUUUUUUGGCAUUAUAUUAUGGAUGGGCCUUCUUCCAAUGCUUCAGUUACGGGAUUAUUGCUCAACCAAAUCGUUGUACCAAAAUCGCAUACCCACAAUUAUGAGUAGAAACAGAUUUGAAGGUAUUUUGGGCAUGUUCCAUGUAAGUGAUAAUGAGAAGGACAGACCCUCUGAUGACCGACUUUACAAAAUAUCCGAAUUUCUUGACAUGCUGCAAAAGAAAUCUAAGUCCUCCUACAUGCCCGAAAAAGACAUUUAUAUCGACAAAAGUAACAUCCCGUUUCGAGGACGCAUUUAUUUCAGACAAUAUAUACCCAAUAAGCGACACCGCUACGGUAUAAAGCUUUUCAAGUUGUGUGUAUCUGGAGGAUACACCUGGGAUUUCAAAGUAUAUACCGGCAGAGAAAAAUCAAGUGAAUUUGCAGUUUCUGAAAAGGUAGUCAUGGAAUUGAUGGAAGGUCUUUUGGACAGUGGCCGCACACUUUACACUGACAACUAUUACACGAGCGUAUCAUUAGCCAAAAGACUGAUUGACCGAAAAACGCAUUUAGUUGGUACAAUUAGAGCAAACCGCAAAGGUAAUCCUCAGGAAGUAAUAAAGGAAAAGUUAAAUCGAGGUGGAAUUGUAGCUCGGCAAGAUAAUGACUGUAGUCCUGAAGUGGAAGGAUAA